AUGGAAGAAUCCGACUUCAUUCGCGACACGUAUGACUACUUUUUGCACAAGGGCAUUUCGAACGACGGACUUGCCGAUGGCGUCGAAUACACGCGGCAAAAGCAAAUAGUGCCACCUUGGGAGAAUGAAGUGGCUGACACGACACAGCGUGAAGAGACACCUGUUGACAGAUAUGGGUUCUUCGACACGCCGGACAAGCGAAACUUGCCCACGAUUGUUCUCUCACGCGCGGCCUACGUGCAUCGGCGAUUCUUCGUCCGCGCUCGCAAGACACGUGCUCCGAAGAAGCGCAUGCAUCAGCCAUCGGCACAGGCUGUCUGGAGCGUUCGGAGACAUCUUGAAUCGUUAAACGAGGUGCUUGAACUCCGACGCACGCGUAAGUGGUACUCGAUGGUCGAUGAGGAGCAGCGUCGCAUUAGAGUCGAUGUGUCACGGGAUCUUCUCUUGAAGCGUGUGUACAAAGGCAUACCUGAUGAGAUGCGUGGUCUAGCAUGGGAUGCACUCUCUUCAUCCCAGGCAUAUGGCCAUAGCCAGCAGGGAACACGCCAUCGACAUACGCCGCAGCCUGUCGAUGAGCUGCUCUCACAUGCGUCGGAACACGAUGUGCAAAUUGACCUUGACGUCCCGCGCACGGUUCGCGGGCACGAGCGCUUCUACACACGCUACGGCCGGGGUCAAUGUGAACUUUUCUGUGUAUUACAUGCGAUGAGCCUAUUUUGUAAUGAGUGUGGAUACUGCCAGGGCAUGGGCCCUUCCGCUGCUAUGCUUCUUAUGCACAUGCCAGCGCAACACGCACUCAAAGUCAUGGAGCGCCUGCAUGACGAGUAUGGAUUCCAUGACGUAUAUCGGCCUGGGUUUCCUGGUCUUCGAAGCGAGUUCUACGUGCUACGUCAGCUGCUAGCGACCUUUGUGCCGCGAUUCGCUCGCAUCUUAUAUGACGCGGGUCUUGCGCCUAGUGCGUACGCCACGAGGUGGCUCAUGACCGUGUACCACGGCGUGCUUCCCUAUUCAACGCAGAUGCGUGUGUGGGAUGUCUUUAUGGCGCAGGGCCGCGAUGCUUUGUUGCUCGUGGCUGUGGCAAUUUUGCGUGUUCUGGAUGCUCAGCGCUACGACGAGCACACAAGUGACAUUCUUGACUUUGUGAGCAUGCAAAUUCUACCUGAAGACGAUAAUGCGAUGCUGACGUGGAUUCGCCAUGCUAUGAAGGAUCCAGCGGUCCAGUCGUGUAUAGCCAAGUCGCGAGCCGACUGGAAACGGCUUGUGGAGCUUGGCAAGGACGUAGAGGAGUUUGUGUAA